AUAUAUAUAUCUUCCAGCCAUGAGCACCUCCGGUACUCUCCUCUGGGCAGUUGAUAUCUUUGGCAGAGUCUACACGCUGUCAACGACUGGCCAGUACUGGGAGCGUUGUAAAAAUGGAGAGCUGGAAUUUAAGCGGAUUUCUGCCGUCAAACAGUGCUGUUGGGGAAUCGCUUGUGACCAUCAGGUUUACGUUUACAUCCACUCUAACGAUGUCCCGAUCCGAUACCAGGAGGAAACCUAUGAAAAUCAGCGCUGGAACCCUGUGACCGGCUUCUCAGAGAAAUUGCUGCCCAGCGAUCGCUGGCAGUGGAGCGAUGUGAGUGGGCUGAAGAAUCAGAAGCUGGAAAGCUUUGUGCUGCCAUCGCCUCACUGGGAGUGGGAAUCAGAUUGGUAUGUGGAUGAGAAUUUUGGCGGGGAUCCUACAGAGAAAGGGGGCUGGACGUAUGCUAUUGACUUCCCGGCUGCCUAUACCAAAGACAAGCGAUGGAAUUCCUGCGUGCGGCGCAGGAGGUGGAUUCGUUACAGGAGAUACAAAUCGCGGGAUUUGUGGGCCAAGAUUCCAUACCUGGAGGAUCCCAAGCAACUUCCAGACCCUUUUAAUGAUCUCUCCGUCGGGAGCUGGGAGAUAACCGAUGAGCCGGUGGGGCGAUUGUCCGUCUGGGCUGUCUCUUUGCAAGGAAAGGUGUGGUAUAGAGAAGAUGUCUGCUGUCACAAUCCGGAAGGUUCUUCGUGGGCUUUAAUACCUACUCCCGGUGAAGCUGUCCAGAUCAGCUGUGGGCCGUAUGACCUUGUGUGGGCGACCCUUUGGGAAGGCCAGGCGAUUGUGAGGGAAGGGAUCGAUCGGAACAACCCUCAGGGAAUCUCUUGGACAAUCGUGGACUCUCCGGUCACGGAGAAUGGAAUCUUGCACGUGUCUGUCGGGGUGAACGUGGUAUGGGCGGUCACGAAAGACAGGAAAGUCUGGUUCAGAAGAGGCGUGAAUUCACACAAUCCGUGUGGCACCAGUUGGAUUGAGAUGGUUGGCGAGAUGAUGAUGGUGGGCGUGGGUUUGAAUGACCAGGUCUGGGGCAUUAGCUGUGAGGACAGGGCUGUUUAUUUCCGUCAAGGAGUCACGCCGAGCGAAUUAAGUGGGAAAACAUGGAAGGCUAUCACUUGUAGCCGCGACAGCGACCGAUCUCAGACGGACAGCUCCGCCAGCCGCCUCAGUGCCGGCUGCUUCUUCACAGAUGACAUCAAAGAACAAGCCACUUCCCUCUUCCAGACUGAGGGAGACCUUCCGCCGGAGCAUUUAGCAUCUCUGGACGCGGACGAUGUUUCCUCGGGGGACAGUCGUAACAACGGGGACCCCCAGAGGGCGGGCUCAGGCGCCCCUGCGGCUGCGUGUCCCAUCCUCGUCUCCCCCCUAAAUGAAGCUGCCCCUGCUCUGGAGAAAAGAGCCAAGGAGGCCCCAGAGGACAUGGUCUCAGAGCCCGGCUCCCAACCGGCUGAGCUACAGUGGACUAACAUUGACCUGAAGGAAGCCUGCAAGCCCCAGACCGGGUCUGCCAGCCCCUUUGCGGAGACCUCCAGCCUCUCCUCCUUCAGCACAUUAUCUGGGGGCGUCGAGGAUCAUUUUGUGACCGACGACCACCCGUUGUGGGCCUGGGUCUCCGGUGGAGCCUGCCUGGUGGAUUCACACAGCUCUCUGAAAUGGUUUACAACACAAUCAGCCACCGCCUCUUCCUCCUCCUCGGGGCAGUCCCUCUCCCUGUCCAUCACCCCGGUGCAGACUGCCACCUGGCGAAAACAAAUUUUCGAGCAGCUCAGAGAAAGAACUCGGCGGGAGUUAGAGAAUUUCCGACAUUACGAACAGGCUGUUGAGCAGUCUGUCUGGGUCAAAACGGGCACUUUGCAGUGGUGGAGAAACUGGAAGCCUUACAAAUGGGUGGAUGUCCGCGUGGCCCUCGACCAGUUCACCGACGACGGCACACGCGACAGCAUCCUUUUCAUCUAUUACAUGCACUACGAGGAGAAGAAGUAUAUCCACGUGUUCCUCAAUGAAGUCACGAUCCUGGUUGAGAUCCUGAAUGAGACGAAGCCUUCGUUUGCUCUGUAUACGCCGGAGAAGACCAAGCAGCGUUGGCCCAUCCGACUGGCAGCAGCUACCGAGCAAGAAAUGCACGACUGGCUGGCUCUCCUGAGCACGUCCUGCUGUGAAAGCCGGCAGAUCCAGGGGCCUCCUUCCCACCAAGCCAUCUGGUCUCUGACCUGUAAAGGAGACAUCUUUGUGAGCGAGCCGAGCCCCGACCUGGAAGCGGCAACGCACCCCAUGCCUUGCGACCAAAUGUUCUGGCGUCAGAUUGGGGGACACCUCCGGCUGGUUGAAAGCAACAGCCGCGGCAUCGUCUGGGGCAUCGGCUAUGACCACACAGCCUGGGUUUACACGGGUGGAUACGGAGGCAGCUUCUUGGGUCUGGCAAGCAGUGGGGAUAACAUUUACACACAAUCGGAUGUGAAAUGUGUCUACAUUUAUGAGAACCAGCGAUGGAAUCCUGUCACUGGAUACAGCAGCAGGGGCUUGCCCACGGAUCGGUACAUGUGGAGCGACGCAUCUGGCUUACGGGAGUGUACGAAAACAAACACCAAGCCCCCGUCCCCCCAGUGGUCUUGGGUGUCGGACUGGUACAUCGAUUUUAGCGUUUCAGGCGGCACGGAUCGGGAAGGCUGGCAGUACGCAGCGGAUUUUCCAGCGUCUUAUCACGGGAACAAGACAAUGAAGGACUUUGUGAGGCGGAGGCGCUGGGCCAGGAAAUGUAAAAUCAUCACAACUGGCCCAUGGUUGGAGAUCCCUCCCAUAGCUUUAUGGGAUGUUUCGAUCAUUCCUCAAUCACCAGCGGCAGAGGAUGAGUUUGUUGCUCUUUGGGCCAUCAGCGACAAAGGGGAUGUGCUGUGUCGACUGAACGUCACUCCCCAAAACCCAGCGGGCACCUCCUGGUUACAUGUUGGCACCGACCAACCUUUCAUUUCAGUUUCCAUAGGAGCCUUUUACCAAGUCUGGGCAGUCGCUCGAGAUGGCUCCAUAUUUUAUCGUGGUUCGGUAUCCCCCCAAAAACCAGAAGGCGACUGCUGGUAUCACAUUCCUUCUCCUCCAAAGCAGAAGCUCAAACAAGUCUCAGUUGGACGAACGUCUGUGUUUGUGGUGGAUAAAAAUGGUAAUCUGUGGUAUCGCCAGGGCAUUACACCGAGCUAUCCCCAGGGAUCCAGCUGGGAGCACAUUUCGAACAACAUCCGUAAAGUCUCCGUCGGGCCUUUGGACCAGGUCUGGGUGAUAGCAGAUAAAGUCCAAGGAAGCCACAGCCUGAGUUGUGGGACUGUUUGUCAUCGUACUGGAGUCCAGCCCAUGGAACCAAGAGGAGGAGCCUGGGACUAUGGCAUUGGGGGUGGAUGGGAUCACAUCACAGUCCGAGGGAACGCAACGGAAAACCUCAAGGUGGCAUCUCAAGAGACCUCCAGGGACCCUCCCCACCCUCCAAGGGAAUUAGAUGCCGGAGAGAAUGGAGGAGGAGGAGGGGACCAUCCUCAGACCACCCUCUUGGUAGACGCUGCUCGCGAUAUGGACAAGAACGCCAUCCACUGUUAACACACUUCCUAGAGAGAAUGCCCACGGCCUGCAUUUUCCUUCUGUGUUCCACUCCCUCUGUGCAGAUGUGGCGGAAGUGUAUUGGUCUCUGGAUGCUUCUGUCUUGGGUCGACAGAAGAGGGAAGGGGCUCAACACCUCGCAGAUACCCGCAGUACAAGCUGCCGGGAUCGGGGGGGGGGCAGAAACCCGUGCUCAGUUCCCACGAAACAAUUCAGAAGUCACCCACAAACAGGUCAGACCCUAAAGGUGUGGGUGGAAUGUUCUCUCUGAACACUUUGCAAAUUGUUGUUGUUAUUGCUGUUUUAACCAAAAA